GCCAAUCUGGGAGAGUGGCUGUCUGCGAUUGGCCUGACCCAGUACCACCAGGUGUUAGUGCAGAAUGGGUACGAGAACAUCGACUUCAUCACUGACAUCACUUGGGAGGACCUGCAGGAAAUAGGCAUCAUCAAACUGGGUCACCAGAAGAAGCUGAUGCUGGCAGUGAAGCAGCUGGCUGAAUUGCAGCGUGCUUCUGAAGGACAUGGCUCCAUCCGAAAGAAGCCCCCACCAAUUACGCAGCAGCAGGAAGUCAUGUCUGUGGAUGGCCCUCCUCCAGACGAGCUCAUGUCUCCAAAGAUGAGCACCUUCCAGGACAGCGAGUUGAGCACUGAGCUACAGAGUGCCAUGACACAGCCAGGUCAGGAGGUCAAAGCUCAACGAACAUGCAACCUCAGCAAAGACCAUGAUGAGGUGGUGGCAGGAGGUGGAGGUGGAGGAGGAGGAACCGCACCGCCUAAGAAGGAGGCGCGGACUAUGAGGCAGCAGAGCAGCCAGGGAAGCACUUCCUCACACAGGGGCAGUGUCUCCUCUCAAGGCAAACACCGUCAUUCCCACUCCCACUCCCACUCCCACUCUCAGCCUGCACCUCCCUACACGCCUCCUCACACUCCCACUAAGACUAGAACUUCAUCGUCCUCCUCUACUUCCUCUGUCCAGAGUUUAGCUUCUUCUCAGUCCAAAACCAAGCCAGCCACCCAGUUUGGUCACGGGGAGAGACCUCAGUCACCGCGCUCUCACCCCCCACAGUCUCCCACUCACCGUGGAGCUCCAGGCACACACCCUCAGCAGCAGCAGCAACAGCCUCAGCCUCAGCAGCAACAGCCUCAGCCUCAGCAGCAGCAGCCUCCAGUCCAGCCAGCAUACCAAAAACACCCUCAGCACCAACCACAGCCGCAGAUGAUGGAGAAUCAGCAGCCACAGGUUCCUCUCCUCUGUCUCCCACCAGAGGCUGAGCUGGCUGAGGAAGAAGGUUCGGAGCCAUCUGCACUCCAGAAGAAACGUGCCCACAGCCUCAACCGAUACGCAGUGUCAGACGGCGAGUGUGAUGAGCAAACAGGGCGAGGAGGUGGAGGAGCAGGAGAAGCAGAUGCAGGAGGAGGUCAGAGCUCGGCUGUCGUCAGAGUGGAAGGAGGUAAAUACCACACAGUGACCCACCGCGUCAGCCGCAGCCACUCCGUCCGCAACCAGGACAAGAACCCCAGCCGCAGUCAUACGCAGUCGUUAGCUCUGCGUCAGAAGAAAAAGGGUCCGCCCCCACCGCCGCCCAAACGCUCCAGCUCUGCCAUCUCGAGCUCCAACUCGAACCUGUCAGAAGCAAACACACAGCAGCCCACACACACCACGACAGGCGGGAUGCUGGACGUGCCUUACCACCAACAGAGGAGGGCCAGUGACCUUGGGGUGUCUGUGGAAGCAGGCGCUGUGGAAACAAGCAGCAUGGGUAGUGUGAGGAGCAUCGCCGCCAUGUUGGAAAUGUCUUCUAUAGGGGGCGGACCCAAAGGCAUGGCACUGCAGAAGAAUUUCCUUCAGGUGGGCAAAACACGUGAUGCCAUUGGUUUGGAUGGUGAAGUGGUAAACCGACGGCGGACCAUCAGCGGCCCGGUCACCGAGCUGGUGGCAGCCGCCAAGCGCAACCAGCCGACAGCCUCCCCUCUCCCAUCUCCCUCUGUCCAACGGGAAACCUCCCCUCCCACUGUAAAUAACUCCCCCCACUCCCCCCACCCUCCAUCCUCCCCCCACCCCAGCUCGAGUGGCAGCGGCAGCUCAUCAGAGAACCUGCCCUUUGCAGACGAGGGAAGCCUGACCAUCCGCCGCCAGGGUCGAGGAGAAGGAGAAGGACAGGGCGACGGCGAGGGUCCCCAGGGCGAGGCCAGUUACCCUCAGGAGGACACCUCCAGCGUUGAGGCCCCAGCGACUCUGAAGAGGCGGCUCCACAGCUCCAAGCCCCACCCCAACGGCUCCGACUUCACCCUCCAGGAGUCAUCUACCGUCAAACGGCGGCCCAAGAGUCGCGACAAGGAGCCUGAGGGUUACACAGACCUGGCUGCGGCUAAUGGAGACCCUGUGGCAACCGCACCGCCGAACACCACGCAGCCGGUGCCUUACCAGAACGGUACUGCCACCAUGAGGCGUCGUCCAGUGUCUGAUGCCGGAGUGACGGAGCAGCCGCAACCUCAACCGCAACCGCAACCUCAACUGCAACCGCAACCCCAACAUCAGCCUCAACCCCAACAUCAGCCUCAACCUCAAUCGCAAGUGACUGCUGCUCUUCGCAGAGACAGCAUGGAUCAAACAGUUCCACUCGUCAGUGAGACAGGUCAGCAGAGGAAACCAAAGCCGCCAGUCUCCCCCAAGCCUGUGGUCGGUCAAAUAAAGAGACAAGGAGGUCCACAGCCUGUCUCCAACAAGAGAGUCCCGCUGCCAGGCCCCGGCACACCUGGAAGCCCAGUUGAAGGAAAGAAGAUCCCUCCACCAGUCUCGCCCAAACCGGUGCCCCCACCUACGGCGCCCAAACCGGCCAAGCUCAUCCACUCCAUGACCAGUCCGCCGUCUCCGACCCCGGCUGCCGCCCCAGUCCAUCAGCACUCUGCGGUGACCCGGCAGACCAGCUCGCCGCCUUCUUUCCCUUACACCAACUCUCCCAGCCCACCAAACGCCAAACCGCUGAGCCCGUCCCCUCAGAGCCCCCACACCCCACAGACCCCCACCACUCCACAGACUCCCGCCACUCCCAGCCCGACCCCGCCGCCCGUCAAGCCCCCUCGGUCGUCCAUCGGCGGCGUGUCUGUAGACACUGGGAUGGUGGGAGGCGGCGGUGUGACGGCGCCAGCCGCCCCGACGACACCGGACCUGUGCGUGGAUUCUCUGGUGCAUCAGAAGCUGGAGGAGACGAGCGCGUCGCUGGCCGCGGCCCUGCGAGCAGUCGAGGAUAAGAUACUGCGGCAGGAGGACUCUGUGGCUGAGCAGAAGACCACCGUCAGCAUCCUGGACGACAUCGGCAGCAUGUUCGAUGACCUGGCCGACCAGCUGGACGCCAUGUUGGAGUAACCAUAGAGACUAAUCAGCAUGUCUCCAUGGCAACGCUGCAACGGGACUGACUCAGAUGGCACAAUGGGCAACAUGCCUCUCUAUCUCUCUCUCUUUCCUCCUCAUCAUCCUUCCCGCCGCGUCGUGU